AUGGGGGCUAGUGAUGACUCCUCGUUCUUCCUGUAUGGUGUCGGGGAACGGCCCGAGGCUCUGACCCUGGGUUCAUUGGUGCUGGAGAAGUACUGGCAACCAAUGAAUGCCCGCCACUAUACCCACGAACAAUUAAGCGAAAAAGAUCUACAACAGCAUGCGUACACAACGCACGCAGAUAAUCUCGUCUUUCAUGGAUCUUCCCGCAUUUCGCCCUCCGUAGGCGUCGAGGGUGGAGAUAUCGUCAAUCUCGGUCUUGCCUACAACAAGGAAGCUGAGCGUGUUGUGGUCGCAGAGAAAGGAACCCGGAUGAUUCUAAAAGACCCGGAGGAAUUCCUUACAACCAAUGUCCUGGCCAAGCCACAGGCACAGCAAAAGCUUAAACUUUGGCUAUCUGCUGCGCACAGCUCCUACGUGCUCAAUUUCAAGUUCGCUCGUCGCCCCAAGGUAUGGCUACUCACCGGUCUAUAUCUACUCGAGAAAACGCGAACGAUGGUCUCCACGGGACACUCGGCAGAUAUAUCGGCUGGCGUUUCCUCUGCAAUCGUAGGGCUUCUAUCUGGCGUUCCGGUCGGUGGGUCCGUCAGUCUGGGCGUAGGGUCCUCUUGGGAGAUGGCGAUGGAAGUGGCUGACCCACACGUCUGGGCGGCCCAAUUUCGACUACUUGAUGCUCGCUUUAUCAAAAUGGGUAAAGGCGGCGUGGAUGGAGUGAAACUACCAAUGACGAUGGGCCUUUAUCGAGAUGUCAUGUCGGUCCGCACCGCCCGGGGAGUUCAGGACAACUCGGUCGAGCUUGGUCUUGAGAAAGAAGAGGGUGUGGAUGCAAAGGAGGCUUCUCCGGAAGAUCAGGAGAGCGAGGAACUACAAGAGUACGAGAAGCGUCUAGAGCAGGCUAUUAAAGUUUUCGAGACGGCCCCGAAGCACUUCUUACAGUAA